AUGUCUGACGCGGCAGCUACGCCCGUGGCCACGGGCCAUGGCAAAACCACACCGGCGGAUGAGGAAGGAGGCGUUCAUGUAAAACAACUGAAGGCGGUGCCGACCGAUGACGAUGAUAUCGUGACAAGGAUGAACAACCUUGACCCCCCAGUGACGCCCGAGGAAGUAAAAGCGGUCCGAAGGAAGAUUGAUAUGAGAUUACCCCCAUUUCUCCUUCUGCUUUACAUGUUCACCUGGCUCGAUCGUGGAGCUCUGGGAAACGCGGCGUUGAUGGGGAUCCGCGAGGAUCUUGGAUUCUCUCCUCGGCAAUUCUCACUCGCUGUUAGCAUGUUCUUCGUUGGAACAUGUAUUGCCGACUUGUUCACGAACAUUGGCAUGCGCUACGUCCGCCCGUCACUUUAUUUGGCUGCGGCGAUGAUUAUAUGGGGUGUCUUCGCAACCCUACAGGCAGUUGCUGGUAGUCCUGAGGGAAUGUACGCCAUCAGAUUCUUCCUCGGCAUAUUUGAGGCCGCCUUCAUCAGCGGAGCUCCCUAUCUUACGACAGUUCUUUACCCCAGAGCAGAAUGGGGCCGUCGUAUCAGUAUCUAUCUCUCCGCAACACCACUUGCUGGUGCCUUUGGCGGUUGGGUUGCCUACGGGGUCGCCAACAUCCCCAACCCGCGGGUGAAGCAUUGGCAGGCCCUCUUUCUCAUCGAAGGUCUCCUGACAAUAAUCAUCGGUGUUCUCUGCAUCUGGGUUUUACCUGAUCGUCCGCACAACACCAAGUGGCUCACGCCUCGUGAGCGAGACGUCGCGACGUGGCGUAUGAUGAACGACGGCAACCGCACACAUGGAAAGGUCAACUGGAAGACGACCCUCAACCAGCUCCGCGACUGGCGGCUUUGGAUGAACAUCUUCAUCUACAUGGGCCAAGUGCUGCAGACUUACACCAUUGCAACUUUCACGCCCAUCAUCGUCGCAACCUUUGGAUACGACAACGUCAAGGCUCAACUGAUGACCGCGCCGCCGUACUGUGUCGCCUUCGUGAUGGUUUUCGUGGUUGGAUAUGCAAGCGACAGAUUGAAGUCUUGCUCCGGACUUCUGGUGGUUUGCUCUAUCGUCGCUGCGACUGGCGACCUCUUGCUGGCUGUCCUCCCCCAUACGGCGGCGAACGCGAGAUACGGCGCCACGUUUCUGAUUCUAUCUGGCAUCCUAUCGGGUGUUACCCUAAGUGUUGGGAACAUCACGAGCAACUGCUGCGGCGACAUUAAGAAGGGUAUCGCAUCAGGGCUGUUCCAAUCUUUUGGCAGCACCAUGGGAAUUGCCACUGGAUAUCUCUUCCAGUCCACAGACGGGCCGUCGUAUAAGAAAGGUUUCUGGACGCUUUUCGCAGCUACUUGCUGGACAGGCAUUGGCAGCGCUUUCAUGACGGUUAUGACGAUAAGAGAAAACAGACGGAGAGACCAGCAAUUUGGAAAGCCACCCGAGGGUGUGGUAAUUGAUUUUGAUGAAGAUGGUCAGAUGGAGAAGCACCCUUAUUGGAGGUACUACAGGUAG